AUGGGCUUCUUAGAUUUUGUCAGCAGUGCGAUCGGAGCAAUUAAAGACGUGGUAUCACACUCUCCCAUUGUGAAGGCGCUAGCUCCAAUCGCUGGAAUAAUUGCACAUGCAGUGCCAAGUGUCGGGCCCAUCAUUGACACGUUAGUUCCCGCCCUUGAUGGAAUCUUCAGUUCAGACAACGCCGCGCCAGCAGUUGAUCAGGAGCCACAUCACCUCUCUGCGGAUGAGCUCUCGAAGCCUAUACUUGUGAAAUUGAAUGGACAGGAGAAACAUAUCGAAAGUGUUUUAGGGACUGUCAAGGAUCUUGAAAAGAAAUUGCAAGCAGAACUGGAGUCGGUCAAGAAGUCUUUAGAGGACUCUAUCAAGAAUGCUGUCACAACGAUCGAAACGGACAUCAUAAAUGCCAUCAAAGCCGGAGUGCAUGAGACAAUUACGAGUAUUUCUAAUCAAUAUGCCACAUUCAUUAGUGACAAAGUGUUUGGACAAAUUCGCGAUGCUGCGGAAUGGUUUUCAAACCACCAGGUGGAGUUGAGGAUCACGUUCAUGGAUGACGACACGAAGUUCACGGAUCUCAUCGGAGAGCGAGCGCUUCCUGGUAAGUUACGGGCACUACUUGAAAAACUGACGGAGGGUUUAUCGAGCUUGAGAACCUUGCUCGAAAAAGAGGAUGUCGUCGCCUCACAGCAGACAUUAGACCUCUAUUUGCGUAUGUGGCAGACCGGUUGUAACGACCCAACUAACCACAGUAAUAGCAUCAUCGUAACAAGAGGCUUGUAUGCGCGAAAACUAUUUCUAGAAGGCACAAAUUGGGGUAUGUUUACUUACGAGAGUGCUCUGUUGCGAAGUGAUACUAUUACAGCCAGAGAUGUACUGAUCAACGUGGUCACCAAUAUACCCACGCGUCGGACGCAGGCCAUUCCAGAACCUACACCCACCACAAACGAUCCGAAUAAAUCAUAUAUCCAAGAUAAUUGGUCUCCAAUGGCUAUUGGCGCGAUCAAUCUCGAUGGUAUACAGAAAUUGACUGGGUUGACAGAGAUCAGGUCUCAUCAAUCGCUCUAUGUAGACACUUUUGCUGCGAAGCUACAACACCGAUACUGGGUGGAGUUGGCGAAUCAAGCCGUUAAUUAUAAAUUAGCGCCGGCGCGGCUGGUGAUCCAAAAUCUCGAGGAUAACAUCCGCCAAUGGAAUAGUCGCAUCCCUGUAUCACCAGCCCACGUGGCAGAUGGACACAUACGUCGCGUCACACUUUUAGAUAAGGACCUUGAAGCCGUUUACAUUGGACCGAAAAAAGGAGAAGUGCUGGAGAUGCUUGGCUUCAAGCCUCUAAAUCCAGGAUCGACCGUCGUACAUCCUGUUCCGGGUAUUUUUUAUGUUCCUGGUCACGACUUGACUGGAAAGUCUUUAUCAUAUGUGGUUACCUAUAGUAGCAUAUAUGGAGAAAGUUCGACGAGCGUAGUCACUAGUUCAUUGCCCUUCGACUCAAAAGUGAAAAUUCUCUACCUUGACCUAGAACCAAUCGCAUUCGAUAACGAUCCCUUGGCUAACACAACUCGCCCUAACGAUCCCGGAGGCAAUUCUGUAGCGCCAACAAGGGCAAUCAAGAGACGAAUCUACGUUAUUGUCAAGAGCACCGAAGGUCAACCAGAGUACCGGUUCCCUCUGUGUGAAGUGGAUGACCAUGCUCUAGGCGUAUAUCAUAGCUUCGAUGAUCCAAAGCCGUACAUAGUCAAAUAUACUCAACAAAGAGCUGAUCGUGGCGAACAAUGA